AUGUUCAUCAAAUAUGUUUCUUUAAGGAUUAACAUACUCAGUAUAAAACUGCGGAGAUGCGCUGUGGCUUCACUUCGAUUUCAUAGUAAUUUCACACACAUUCAUAAAUGGAACAAACGGAGGAGCCGAAAAGGGGUCGAUGAUUUUGACAAGAAUGAAAAAGGACAACAAAAGUUAACAGUGAAUGAAGAGGUAUUUCAAUUUGAGAAAAAGACAAGGAAAGAAAAUGUUGAGUACAAGGAAGAUUCACGACGAGGAAGCAAGUCUCUAGAAAAGAAUCUCAACAAAUUUGAGAAAUCAACCAAAAAGUCUUCAAAAGUUUCAAACACUACGAGAAGGACAAUUGUUAAACAGAAAAAGAUUGUAAAGGAUACAAAGAACUUUGUGCCAAGUUUGUAUGCUAAGAAGUCAGCACUGAAACAAUCACAUAGUCAUAGCGACAAUAUCUCUAAUUCUACCACAAAAGAUGGAUCUAGCAAAAAGCCAUUAAACUCCAAUUUUUUUGAUAAAAAUGAAACAACUUUGGCACAACCAGAGGAAACAAUAGGCUUGGUAAAUGGCUUGCAACAAGUAACAUUGUCAUUGAAGAAGGAGCCAAAAAAUCCUCUGAAAUUGAUAGAUCGAUUAUAUGAACUUCGAAGUUGGUUAGCACACUCAAAAGCAAACUCAAAAACAGAUUCGGAUUCAAGUUUCACCAACCUCGUCCUUAAUCCCAAACUGAUAUUGACAGCUAAAGAAAUGCAACAAGUUGGAACUAAGUCGGCAAAUGUCGCAAUAGUUAAAGAGAUUCCAAAAGAGUAUUCACGUGAGGCAAUUUUACUUAAGAAACAAAUGGAGAUGGACAGGCCUGAUUAUACAGGCUUCAAAUUUUUCAACUAUGAUGAAUUGUCAGCUUUGGGAACUGGUGGGUAUGAACUUGAAUUUUUGGAUCAAACCCAAUCUAGAAUAUAUUUAAUAAACAUUGAGAAAGACGACUUGGAGGUUAAAAAGAUUUAUACAUGGACAAACCCAUCACUUCUAUUAACAUUACCUGAAACCAAGAAUUUCUGCAAUCGAACCAGUGUUUUGGCGUUGCAAAGGAUUGGCAAGCUGUUGGUUGAAGAAUAUGUGACACGAUGGUGUUUUUUCAGCAAAGCUACAGUACAUUCAAUUGUUAAUCGUGUUAAGAAACAAUGUGAGCAAUACAGGUUGCAUCAAAUCAAUAAUGAGCUAGGUAAUUCUUUGUCUGUGCAAUAUACUGGGUUCAAUGCAGUGUAUGUAUUUCUAGGAAUGAUGUAUUUGGAAGAUUUGAACUAUGAACGUUUAAUCAGCAAAAUUGUUGCGCCUACAGCAAAAGAAAAUUCACUAAAGAUGGUGUUUCACAAGAACUUGUUGAUUGACAAGUAUUUACUGGAUAUUGGGGCCAAGAUAAGACUCAUGUCUGCAACCUUGGAUAACAAGAUAUUUUCGCAGAUACGCCGACCACCGCUCUUGACAUCAUUACCUUAUAAGCUUCCUCCGAUCCCGAAAUAUUCAGAUUCUAGAAUGUAUCAUUUCUUGCAAUAUUCUUUACUUGCAGUUGACUACAAUCAUGGUUUUAGAGGUAGUGGUGGAGGAAGAAGUAGAAGGAGUCGUAACAGUGGUAGUGAUAGUGAUAGUUAUAGUGGUAAUGGAAAAGGAGUCAAAGGUGAUGCUUACCACAUGACUCUAAAAGAUUCUUUUAAAUUGGAGAAAUUAGCAAUAAAGUUGGAUAAAUAUGGCGAUGCUGUUUUAAGCAGAUUCUCUACAGAGUUUUUGAUCCAGUUACUGAAACAAAAUCCCAAUUUCCGUUGGAAUACAGAUGAUUUAUUCUUUCUCAACACUAAUGUCAUAUUUAGCCGUUUAAGUUUUGCAUAUUCGUUGCAUGAGGCAAUUGACAAUCAAGAACAUCGCAGAUUGGUCGAGCAAAAGAUUUUGCUGUCGCAUUUGAAUGAGGCAAAUGAAAUCUUGGGUGAUUUAUUUGAACGAUUAGUUGCAGUGACGUAUAUUCAAGACCCCGAGAGGUGUCGUGAAUGGGUGUUUAAAAUCUAUGAGUGCAUUUUGAUGAACUUGAAAACGAGGAAAAGAGGUGAUGUACAUGAGUUUAUUGAUAAAAAGAAAUUUCUUGAGCUUUAUCGGUAUCAUUUAAGGACAUCAACUAUGUACUAA